AUGCCACAUUACAACCCUCACCAGCAGCCUCCGCUAAUACAACCUGGUUCCCAAUACGCCAACACGGCUCCUUAUGGUCAAUAUGGUUACCCUAAUGGCUUAACCUCUCCCCCGACGGCCCCUCAGGUCUCGAACCCAAUGGCUGCUCAGAACGUGCUACCGCCCCCCGGCAUGACAGGGCCGCCCAACAUGCCCGGCCAGUACGGGAACCUCGACACCACCGGCCAGAUCGCUCCUCCCGGCAUGAAGCCCCGUGUUACGGCUACCCUAUGGGAAGAUGAGGGAAGCCUGUGCUUCCAGGUGGAGGCAAGAGGCAUCUGUGUUGCCCGUCGGGAAGACAAUCACAUGAUCAAUGGCACGAAGCUGCUGAACGUUGCUGGCAUGACCCGAGGGAGACGAGACGGUAUUCUGAAGAGCGAAAAGGUCCGACACGUCGUCAAGAUUGGCCCCAUGCAUCUCAAGGGUGUCUGGAUACCGUUUGAGCGUGCAUUGGAGUUUGCCAAUAAGGAGAGGAUCACAGAUCUAUUGUAUCCUCUCUUCGUGCAUAACAUUGGCGCACUCCUCUACCACCCCACAAACCAGACCCGGACGACGCAGGUCAUGGCCGCCGCCGAGCGCCGAAAGCAGGAGCAGAGCCAGAUGCGCAGCACGCAGCCGCCGGCGCCGGGCCUGCCGGCGUUGCAGCCCCAGCAUCAUCACUCGAUGGGCCUUCCUGGCCCCCAGUCGUCGCUCCCUUCGCAUGCCAGCAUGGGCAGACCUUCUCUAGAUCGCGCCCACACCUUCCCGACGCCCCCGACUAGUGCAUCCAGCGUCAUGGGUGCUGGCAUGGGUGCCUCUGAUAACUUUCAGUGGUCGCAGCAGGGUAUGAGCGGGGCUCAAGGUACAAAUCCUAUGUCCAUCGACACGAACCUUAGCAACGCGCGCUCAAUGCCUGCCACUCCAGCUACUACCCCUCCCGGCUCGUCCCUGCAGGGUAUGCAGGCAUAUCCUCCGGCGACCCAGGCCUACGACAAUUCCAGGCAGCUGUACAACACGCCGUCCACGCAGCAAUCGCCAUAUCCUCAGUCGCACAACAGCCCGCAGGACCGCUCCAUCUACGGCCAGUCGGCGUACGUUAAGAACGAGAUGGGCCCUCCCUCCAGCAGACCAUCUGUGGCUGGCCCUGGUGCUGAUCAGCCCGACUCCACCAAGACUAAUGGUAUGAUGCAUGGUGGUCAGGCCGGCGAACCCGUUCCGCACCACGGCGAAGAGGAGGCCGAGCACGAGCACGAUGCCGAGUACACCCACAACAGCGGGGCCUAUGACGCGAGCCGUGCCUCGUACAACUACAACCCUGCUCCUGUAGGUGGCAUGCCGACGGACCCCUCGCACAUCUCAGCCGAGAUGGCAGGCUCUGCCGCGCACCAAGCCGCAUCAGGACGCUCCACCCCUAGAAGUGCUGCAGCUCCUCAGUCCUACUACACGCAAGGAUACCAGACGCCGCCCCGGGCCCAGCAGGCCUCGAGCAAUCUGUAUAAUGUAAUGACUAGCGACCGAGGCGCCGCGAACGGCGGUCCAGGUGACGUCUAUGCGCCAGCGGCCGAUAUGGGCGGCUCGCUGCAGAACGGCUAUGGUGCUCCGGUCAUGAACGGUGCCGGCAUGAAGCGUGGCCGCGAGGACGAGGACGACUCGGCGUCAGGAGGCAUGGGGGGCCUCGACAUGAAGCGCCGCAAGAUGACUUUUGAUGGUUCCGUACCAUCGCCCGUCUACGAUACCAUGAGCAGGCCAGCUUCUGCGAUCGCGGCUCCGCGACGCAGAUAA